UUAUGGUUACACCUUAUUUCCCAUGAAUGGGAAGGGAAGUGCUAGAGCAUGAGUUAUCAUUAUUUGUGCAUUCCUGCUUGUAGUUUUUCAAUAUAUGGACUUAACAUAUACACAUUCUCGUAAGGUUCAAGUCUCGUAUUGGGUUGGAAUAGGUUCGAAGAUUAUCUGUUGCCUUGAAUGAUUAUCAGACAGACGAAUCACUGUAUAUCCCGGAGCUAAUUAACGGUGCCAACAAAUAACUGCCAAGCCGUAAUAAUGUUGCUGGAAAUUCUUGCAUUACCAGUUGAAGACAAAAUCUUUUACGCUGUCCUGGUCUUCUCAUGGACGGUGUAUAUUUGGGAGGCCUACCUCGCAUAUAGACAGAGGAAGAUCUACAGGACAACAAUGCAUGUGCCCACUGAGCUGGGCAAGAUAAUGGAUUCAGAGACCUUUGAAAAGUCUCGCCUCUAUCAGUUGGACAAGAGCAACUUUGGCUUCUGGUCUGGACUCUACUCGGAGGCAGAGGGCACGCUGAUUUUGCUCCUGGGAGGAAUCCCCUUCCUCUGGAAAGUGUCAGGGAUUCUCACAGCUCGUUCUGGUUUUGGUCCAGAGUACGAGAUCUCCCAGUCUUUGGUGUUCCUGAUGUUGGCGACUCUCUUCAGUGCUUUCACUGGCCUUCCCUGGAGCCUCUACAACACUUUUGUUAUUGAGGAGAAGCAUGGAUUCAACCAGCAGACACUGGGUUUCUUCCUGAAAGACGCUCUCAAGAAGUUUGCUGUGACUCAGUGUAUUUUGUUGCCAGUGACAUCAUUGCUCCUCUAUAUCAUCAAGAUUGGUGGUGAUUACUUCUUCAUCUAUGCCUGGCUCUUCACACUCAUCGUCUCUCUGAUUCUGGUGACUAUCUACGCAGACUACAUCGCCCCUCUGUUUGAUAAAUUCACUCCGCUGCCAGAUGGAGAGCUGAAGAGUGAGAUUGAGAGCAUGGCAAAGUCCAUCUACUUCCCCCUCACCAAGGUCUAUGUAGUGGAAGGUUCAAAGAGAUCUUCCCACAGUAAUGCGUACUUCUAUGGUUUCUUCAAAAACAAGCGCAUUGUGCUAUUCGACACUCUUUUGGAGGAUUACUCCCCUUUAAAUAAGUCUGGCGAGAAAGAGCCAGGAACAGGAGAGGAGAACGAAGCAGCAGGCAUUGAGAGCAAGUCCAAACCAAAGAACAAGAAACAGGGCUGCAGUAACCCUGAGGUUCUGGCAGUUCUUGGACAUGAACUGGGACAUUGGAAACUAGGCCAUACAGUCAAGAACAUUGUCAUCAGCCAGAUGAACUCCUUCCUGUGUUUCUUCCUUUUUGCUGUCCUGAUUGGUCGAAAAGAGCUCUUCAUGGCAUUUGGUUUUCAUGACACCCAACCAACUCUUAUGGGGCUGAUGAUCAUCUUUCAGUUUAUCUUCUCACCUUACAAUGAGUUGCUGUCAUUCUGUUUGACGGUGUUGAGCCGAAGGUUUGAGUUUCAGGCAGAUGCAUUCGCGCGCAGUAUGGGCCGAUCGUCUGAGCUGUACUCUGCUCUCAUCAAGCUCAAUAAGGACAACCUAGGCUUCCCUGUAGCAGAUUGGCUCUUCUCUAUGUGGCAUUAUUCCCAUCCUCCCCUGCUAGAGCGGCUCAGAGCCCUCACUGGACCCAAGCAAGACUGACAGCUUUGCAAGGGGGCGCCACGUUCACCACUCGCUCCCCCGAGAAAGGGUCUCCGCCGGCCUCUAUUGGCCCUCUGAUAUUGAUGCCUAUUUCUCUCUUCUUCCCUCUCUUUUAUUUCCAUUCCUCUUCUUAAGUAUUUGGGUUUUGCCAUUUGUUUGUUAUCGCCCUGUAAAGAAGUCUAAAUUGUUUUCAGAUGGCUUCAGACAACUCGGUAUACAAGAUGUUAAUCUGUGCUUUCAGUAUGCCUUUUGCAAUUGUUCUUGAUAUGGUUUUGAUUGUUUUAAUUCGUAUAUACAUUUUAACUGUGAAUUACCCCCUCCGGCUCUUUAGAUCCAUGCAUUUUGACUUUAAUUUAGUGUCAUCCACUUGAACCGUGAGAGAGGAGGUUAAAACAUCUCAGAGGGGCCCUUAGCAGUGUAUGAAACCAGGAGAUUAUUACCAAGAGAUUUAAUACUGAGUGCCAGCUGGUGUACUUUAAAUAAUGUCUGUUUGUUGAAACUGAAAUGAGGACUGUUUGUCAGAAGAAAUUAAAUGGAUCAGAUGACAGAUGUUAUGGACUACCCAAUGAGACUGCUGUUCUGAACUCGUAUGGCUCAGUUAGGCCAAUUAAAAUGUCUAUUCUAAUUUUAGUUCUUUCAACCUUUUGAAAUAAUUUUGUUCUUUGUUUUACCAAUUAAAGGUGUUUGAACCUUUGUGUAUAUAUAUAUAUUAAUUUUUGUGAAAUAUGAGCAACAUACAAGGGCCAGGUUGACUUUCAAAAUAUUUAAUGAGGUUAGAAUUGUUGUUUUAUUUAGUUCAUUUUUUCUUUGUGCCAGUGUGUGCAAGAUGUUGCUAUGAGAAUAUAUGUAGAAAAAUUAUGCUGUCACAUUUCCCCCAUUUCCUCAGAGAAUUGACGCCCUUAAUAGUAACAGAGUUCUGCUGGUGGAAACUGCAUUUAUGAGGAUUCUGUGAGUUUUCACAUUAAGAAUGUUAAAUUCGGCAUGCAAUCUUGUCAAAAUGUUGAACUCUGAAGACUUUGUGUGAUUGACAUGUAAAUGGAUAAAUGCGGAGUAGCAGUGGCUUGAAGAGUCUGUAGAAUGCCCACCUGUUGAAAAUAAGCCCUAAACAAUAACAGAUCCUUAGAGAGAGUUAUAUGGCUGUAUGUUCAAACUUACUCCACAAGGAAUAUGUCUUGUGACAUCUGGAAUGUUUGGACUGGAAAGAUGAACUUUUGCGUCACUAUGAAUAAAACAGAUCACGACA